AUGAUAGGUACAAGCUUUGGAUUUUCGUGCUCUCAAGGUUAUAAGGAAUUUCGUGAUGUCGACGUUUAACGCUGGGCCAGCAAAUACAGGAGCUGCACCUGUGGAGCUCACUGCAGGCAAAAUCCGUGAAAUGAUGGCUAAUGCUCAAAGAGCAAUAGCUCAACGGAAGUUUGAGCUUGGCUUGACGGAGAAUGGUGCUGCCAACGGGUUGAAUUUCCCCCCAGGAGUCAUUCCUGAUACAGAGACAGUUGAUAAAAUGAGACGAGCUGCUCAACUACAAGCGCAGAUAAACGCUCGCUUGAACUCAGGAAUUCUGAGUAGCCACUCUGUGAACAGUGACUCCAGGAAGUCUAAGGAUAUUCCCAAUGUGAUAUUCGACGAGCAAGGUAAAACUAUCGAUGCUUCUACUGGAGAGGAAAUACAGCUUACUCACUACACACCAACACUCAAAGCCAAUCUCAGGGCAAAACGAGCCCAGCAGUUCAAAGAGGUUCUUCAGACCACAACUCAGAAGAAACCUCAAAAGUCUUCAGUAUCAACCAUAUUUUUUGAUCCUCGACUAAGAGUUAAGGCUGCUUCACGUCCAAAGCGGCAAUUGAGUUUCCAUGAACCUGGAAAGUUCGUCAAAAUGGCUCAGCGCAUGCGAACCAAGUUCCAACUUCAAGUCUUACAGGAAUCUGUCGCCCAAGCUGUCAGAAAAACGGGUAUCGCUAGUGCAGCCAAACUGUCGACCAUCCAACCCAAACGUUCCGUCGACGAAACAGAUAUACCAUUACUGGAAUGGUGGGAUGCUUAUAUUCUGAAGGAGGGUGUAACUAGUUACUCCACCUUAGACGAACUAGCAAUCCAUGGCCUCCCUGUCUCUGCCGCAGUUAAUAAGGCCUGGAUCACAAGUUUGGUGGAACAUCCAGUUAAGUUGAAGCCUCCAACUGAUCUGUCCAAACCACCGGAAAUACCAUUACUCCUAACGAAGAAAGAGCGUAAAAAGCUUAGACGUCAAAACCGUCAGGAAGCUCAAAGAGAAAAGCAAGAAAAGGUUAGACUUGGUCUAAUGCCACCUCCUGAACCAAAGGUCCGUCUGGCGAAUUUGAUGAGAGUCCUAGGGUCCGAUGCUGUUCAGGACCCAAGCAAAGUGGAAGCGUAUGUACGAGCCCAAAUGGAAUCCCGGAAACGAGCACAUGAAGCCGCUAACGCUGCCCGAAAAUUAACAAAAGAGCAAGCUCGUUACAAACGUAUUAAGAAAAUACGAGAAGACACAACUCAUACCGUUCAUGUAGCUGUUUACAGAGUAAAGGAUUUUUCGAAUCCAUCUCAUCGAUUCAAGGUCGAGACAAAUGCCAACCAGCUACUUAUGACAGGGUUAGUCGCACUACACAGUGAUUGCAAUGUAGUGGUUGUAGAAGGGGGACCUAAACAACAACGGAAAUUUCAACGUCUCAUGCUUUGUCGAAUAAAAUGGCGCGAAGGUAAACGUGGGACAGUUGGUAAUCCGUCGGGUUCUUUCUCUCACGAAGAUCGUGCUGCCACAUCUGAACUUGACAGUGACACAGGAUGUCGUUUAAUUUGGAAGGGUACAGUCAAACAACGUGCAUUCGAUAAAAUUCAAUUCAAAGCAUGUCCCACAGAACUUUACGCACGCGAACAAUUUCGUAAACGUGAUGUGGAACACUAUUGGGAUCUUGCAUACAGUGGAGCUAUAUUAGAAACUCUUGAUAGCUAACAUGUUUCACAAAUGUUCUUAGACAUUGUCUCUGUCAAACAUAUUCUGUUUAUAAAGUGGUAUUUUUGGUGUAAAUACAAAUGUACAUCUUUCCUAAUGUUUUAUUGAAUUAAUGUUAUGCAAUAAUGUGUUGUACAAAAAAUCUCAUUUUCUUUGGUAGAUACCAAAAUGUUUAUGAAAAGAGUAAGAUGUUUUAUGUUGCGUUUGAACACUGUCUACUAUUUCUGUUUUACAUGAGUUAUGUAAACACUUUUUGAUGGUGAAAAACUGUUGUUUGUUUUGUUUUAAACAUGUUUCUGUCGUUUUGAGUUCCGAAUUGUUCUUUUUCUUUUGUCUAUAUAUACGAAAGUUUUUCAAUUCGUUAUCUAAUUCUAUUUUCCCUGCACAUUGUGGACUAUGUAACAUUGAAGUCUGUCAUCUUGGGCUAUCUUACUGCGAGUUGUAGAUAUUCUCUGGACAAAACGCUUAAACCUCGUAUCAUUUUGAUAAGUUGGGAAGUGUAUUUUGUAAAGUACUUUUGAAAUAAUAAUUAGGAUUCUCUGGGUUAUUAGUCAUUCUAGAAAUCUAUUUGAAAUAUUUAUUUAUGAGAAUAUAUAAGUAUUGGUUUCUUAUAAUUUUGUUGCUAUUACCGUGAAUUACUGAUAAUAUUCAAUUAUCCUUUGAGCAUAUUUGGUUUCAUUCGAAAUUGAAACGAAAAACGUUUGCAACACAAGUGAAAGUGGUUUUGAAAUUCAUGUAACUGAAGAGUCGGUUGAACAGUUCAGAUGAAGUAAUUUCGGACGUAACUAUAUCUCCGUCUGAAAUCACUGCACAUGAAAAUUAUGUAGUGGCAAAGUUAUCCAGUGGAAUUUCUCCUGGUCUGCAUGUUGAACGAUCUGGGAUUUCUGGCUUUAGGAAAGCCAAACAAUCAGUUGCAGUAGCGAGAUUGAAGAGUUAGAACUACCCACUUAUUUCUUCAUUGUUGUACAACAAAUUAAAAUUGUCAGCCGAAGUGAGUAAUAAUUUAUCAGGAUGCUAGUCGGAGGUAAUGUUUUGUUUCUGUUGUCGGUUAUACAACUCCGUGGCUUAAAUCUGAUGAUCAUUUGUUCACGUCGCCUAACCAUGAUAAAUGUGGGAGAUUAUUUUACUAGUAUGUUAAUAAUUUUGAGUGAACCACCAGUUGAGUCAUUGUGUGUAUGUGAAGGGGAGACCAGUUAUAGUGAAAUGAUAUUUGAUUGAUUUCAGUGUUUGUUUGUUUACUGAGUGGUAACCAGGUCAAUGGCGUUCUCCCAGCCUCUGUUUGUACAUAAUAAUGUAGGACAUGCUGGAUUUAUUAUGUGCAAUGAUUGUAGAAAUAAAUUUAUUGAUCAAGCUGUGCGAAGAGGGCGUUAAGGUUUAUCCACUUUUACACUGAAGUUAGACUCAUUGUAUUAUAAGUAUUCCAUGAAAAAUCUAAUUUCCAAAACGGCAAGUAUCUGUAUCUUUUAUGAACAGCGAUCGCACAACUACUACCUUUUGUUUUAGUCACUAACCCUUCUACGUCGAUAAACUUAAUUUAUUUGUUAUCUGUGUCAUUGCUGGAAUGAAGCAUAUGAAAAUCAAAGAAUUGUAUGGUGUUUAUCGUCAUCUUUGUAAGAAAUAAGCAGUCAUUAUUUGUUCGUGUGGAUAUUACACCGAGUGCCGAAUAUCAAACAAGUCAACAUUUUCUAGCACAUCCAACUGUAUUGUUCAAAUACUCGGUUGUUUGUUUGCUUUAACCAAAUCUAUUGCCGAAAAACUGGAAAACUUUCUGUAGUAAUUGUUCUUGACCCACUUAUGUCGUACUAAUUGAUCAUCAACAUUUCUACUCGGUUUAUCGUCGUCGGGAAUUUCAUAUAUAUGAUUUUAUAAGGUUCCAAAGCAUACUUUAUUUCUUUGAAGAACUACUUAUCAGUAUAAUUCUAAGCACGGUAGCUGCAUGUAGAAGUACUGCGAUCUAACUAUUUAUCGGUGAUUUUAAUAACUCGGUUGAUUCUGUUUUGAGUCCGACUGGAGCAUGUCGAAUAAGGAUUUCUCCAUACGCGUUUCACAGUUUGUUCUGUACACCUCGACGUUGAUUGGUUCUCAUUGACCUUAAAUUUGUCAUCGUUUACUCCUUUGUUUUGGUUGUGUCUCCCAUUGAUUUGAUUUUUGUUCCUAUAUUUAUGCAUAAUUUUCCUGAUUGGUUGAGAAAUUGAAUCGACUUCAAUGUGCUUGUUGAUUGCUGAUUGACCUGAGUGCCAGGCUUCUAAAAAUUCUCUAAAGAAUUUCGAACACUUCACUUCUAUCUGAAGUUUGUGCUGACAAUGUCGUUCAGGAGAACGAUGAAAGCUCCACGACCAAACCAUCCAGCUCAGAGAACAAAACUAUCAAAAAGAAUACCCUUAUGGUUUCUCAUACGGAACCAAAUAUUUCAAAUUUCGAUAAGUUUCUUGAUGAAACAUUGGAUAGGAUAUCAACAGUCCCUUUAGAUAUAUUAUACGAAAAAUAUUUCAAAUACUCAAGACUAGAAGGGAAUCAAUCAGUUACCACGGAUGAAAUUCAAUAUAAUGAGACGACAAGUAAUAUUUCGAACGGUAACAACCGUAAAAAUAACAAAAAACGUUCGUUCAAAAUUUCAAGGAGCCUCGUAAUUGGAGACGCUGAUAGUACACACUGUCCACGCAUAAAUAUUAUUGAGAAACAGGAUUUACCAGGUACUUGGGUUGAGUGUAACUUUUGUUCUAACUGGCGAUACCUACCAAAAGUUUAUGAUCCAUCUCAGCUCAAUAGUUCAUGGUCUUGUACUUUAAAUCCUAAAUACUUCAAAAGAUUAACUUCCAAUUCAACAGCCAAAAAAUGUAUACAUAAUCCUUUUGAAGAAUCCGAAGAUUUAAGUGCUGGUAAACAGGGAGAUCAGUUUAUUUUUGAACAUUUUUCUGUUGGAUCAGUUGUUUGGGUUAAAAUUCAAGGCUAUCCAGAUUGGCCAGGAAUGGUUUGUUACAAUAGUCAGGGAAGAUACGCUGAAUUUGAUGCAAGUAGUAGAGAGGUGACUUAUUACUAUGUAGUGUUUUUAAACUCCAAACGUUUGGCAAUGAGUAAAGUUCCGGCAAACAGAAUAUAUAAGUUCAUCACAUUUAAUGAAGUGGAUUUAAGCAAAAUUCCUAAACGAUUCUGGAGAAGAUUACAAGCUGCUGGACAAGAAGCUGAAAAUGCUCUACUUUUGAGUGUAAAAAAUAGAAUAGCAAUAUAUGGAUAUCAUCAUAAAUAUGAAGAUAUUCCAGUUAAGAUUUUUAGUCAAGUUAAAAAUAGUUCAGGACUUUAUCAAGAGAAAUCACAAACUAUUUCAAAUGAAAUUAAACGAAAAAGAGUUUACAAAAGGAAAAUACCACCAAUUCAUUCUUGUUCAAUAAAUGAAAAUUCAAACAGACUAACUGACUAUCAAUUGGAUACUAAUUCUAAUCACACAUCGAAUAUGAUCCCAUCUAGUGAAGAGAAACUUUCCAAUGCAAUCAUAAAUGGUAAUACAAAUUUCCACAAAGUAAUGCCUGUAAGUAAUCAUAUAUCUGACAAUUAUAAUAAAGAAUCAAAUAACAUUUCAUUGAAUAAUAGUUCCAUAGAAUAUCAACAAUUAGAUCUUUCAUUGAAAAGUAAUCUAUUGGUAAAAUCAAAUAAUACAACAUUUGAUACACAGUAUAAUAAUACUGAUAUAAACAUUGAUAAUGAUGUAUUACUUAAUGAUAAUACAUGCCAGAAAAUGAUAAAGAAUGAUAAAAUUAGUUCGAUUGAUUGUUAUUCACCUAGUUUUCUUAAACCAAUUGAAUGUGAUCAAAUAAUGAAAGAGUUCAUAUGUUCUAUUGAUAAUUGUUCAAAUCUUAAUAUUGAAACAACUGAUAUCCAAAUGAAUAAUACCAUAUAUUUAGAACAAAAUAAUCUAUCAUUAAACAAUUAUGAAAAUAAUAAACCUAAAAGUAAUUUAAUAAGAAAUCAGAAUUAUUUCAAACUAACUUAUAAUGACUUAUUGGUUUAUUCUAAUAAUGUUGUUGCCAAUAAUAAUGAUAUUCCAAUGUCUCCAGUUUAUAGUAAUAAGGAUACAGUUGAACACUUGUCAUUGAAUUCUAGUAAAAAGAUUUUGUAUGAAAACGUUCCAUUCCAUUAUCAAUAUUUUGGAAGUAAUGAAGCUUAA